GUAAACUGUUCAUAUUUUUUCGUUGAAAGAUUCAACCGGGGAAAUCCAGCACUCUUUCGUUGACUUUUCUUUCCCGCGUUAGGUAACUGUUGUAGUGUACGAAACGUCCAGACCCAAACCGAUAUGUCUUCUUGGUUUCCAUGGUCGUUCAGAACAUCUGUAUCUCCCCUUCCUGUUCGCCAAGUUUCAAUUUUUCAUCUUAUCUUUUCUGAAACUGAGAAAAAAAUACUUUGUAAAAAUCCCAUGACAGGAUUCACAAGAGAUUUAAGUGCAAAAUAUUUUCUUUUCUUGAUUUGUCUCGUCUGUUUGAGUUUCCAGAUUGCAUCGCAGGACAGCCUCAAGCCAGGAGAAAGGCUCAAUUCGUCUUCUCUAUUGGUAUCUAGUAAGGGGAUUUUCUCCUUAGGCUUCUACACUCCAGAUAAGACCAGCAACAACACUUACUUAGGAGUAUGGUACACCACUGGUUCUAUAUAUCCUGUCUGGAUUGGCAACAGGGAAAGCCCUUUUUCCAAGAAUUCGAAUCCUGUUCUCAGUAUAGACAGCAGAGGGAAGCUGAUUAUAAGAAAUGGAAGAGGAGAGCAGAUCGAGAUAUAUUCUGGCGGGUCCAGCAAGAAUGUGGCAGCCACAUUGCUGAAUACAGGGAAUCUAGUGAUAAAAGACAUGGAUUCGAAUGGUGAGAUUUUGUGGCAGAGUUUUGAUUAUCCUACUGAUACACUUGUUCCAGGUAUGAAAUUGGGUAUCAACCAUAAGACUCGAAGAAAUUGGACUCUCACUUCAUGGCUGGGAGAGAAUAAUCCAGCUCCUGGAGCUUUUACAUUGGAGUGGGAUCCAAGUUCAGGCAAGCUGUUAAUCAGACGGCGCGGGAUGCGUUAUUGGACGAGCGGUACGAUGAAGGACUACGUUGCAAAAAGACCAUUGUCUAACGACAGCUGGAGAGUAAAGGAGUUCGAGAAUUUUAAUUUCAAGCCUGAUGCAUUUAACUACAACUAUAACUUCACCAAUGCCACUAGCCAUGAUGAGGAGUACUUCACCUAUUCAUUAAUUCAAGUUUCAGACAUGCCGGAUGAACGGAGGAAUGUGAUCUCAGUAUGGAGGUUGAACUAUGCUGGGAGUAUAACCGAAGUUGAGUCCGGAAGACCUUUUAUUCUUGCAGUGGCUAGUUAUUGUUAUGGUUAUAAUAAUCAGGGUUCUAGCAUAGGCUGUGAACUGUGGGAUCAGCCUACUUGUCGAAAUAGUCAUCAAACAUUUAUCUUUAGGUCAGGGUACUUUAAGCUAGCCAAUGGUAGAUAUGCUCCGGCUGCUGAGGAUAGAAAUUCAAGCCUUAGUUUGAGUGAUUGUAGGGCUAAUUGUUGGGAGGAUUGUGAAUGUGUUUCCUACGCCACUCAGUAUACUGAUGGUUGUCUUUACUGGAAAGGCAAAGAUUUGGAGUUUGAGCAACGCUUCGACGGCAGUGUAGUUGAGAAAUAUGUUAUCAAUCCUCCAUCUUCAGAAAGAAAAGAUGCAGGAACAAAUAAAUAUAUAGUGAUUAUCGUUGUUGUAGUAAGUGCUAUAGCAUUGCUUCUGUUUGGCAUUGGCAUAGGUUUGUUCAUUGUGCGAAAAAAUAUAAAAGAGAAAAGAGAAGAAGAAUUGCAGGAACUUUUGACACUGGAGGGAUAUACAGAAAAUUUUGAACUUGAAAAAGGAGCAACCAACAAUCAUGAUCUUAAACUGUUCACAUAUGCAUCGAUCCAAUUUGCUACCGGCAACUUCUCCUCAGAACAGAAACUGGGACAGGGUGGAUUUGGCCCUGUUUAUAAGGGCACGACAGUGGAAGGCCAUGACAUAGCAGUAAAGGUUCUUUCGCAACAAUCAGGACAAGGAUUGCAAGAGUUUAAAACAGAGUUGAUACUUAUAUCUAAAUUGCAGCAUGUGAACCUUGUUAAGCUACAUGGUUUCUGCAUUCAUGGAAGUGAUAAGAUGAUAAUCUAUGACUAUCUGCCCAACAAAAGUCUGGACUUCUUUCUCUUCGAUCCAUGUAAGAAGGAGCAAUUAGAUUGGCCACAGCGGUUCAGAAUCAUCGAGGGGAUUGCUCAAGGAUUACUCUACCUUCACAAGUACUCCCGGCUAAAGAUAAUCCAUCGAGACCUGAAACCAAGUAAUAUAUUACUCGACAAAGACAUGAAUCCCAAGAUCUCGGAUUUUGGUCUUGCAAGGGUCUUCAAGCAGAAUAUAGACGAAGCUAACACUAACAGACGUGCAGGAACAUAUGGGUAUAUGGCCCCCGAGUAUGCAAUGCAAGGUAUAUUAUCGGUUAAAUCAGAUGUAUAUAGUUUUGGAGUGCUGGUGCUUGAGAUAGUGAGCGGUCGGAAAAAUAAUAGCUUCCACCAAACAAAAGGUCCCUUAAAUCUUGUGGAAUAUGCUUGGGGGCUUUGGGAAACAAAUUCUGCAUUAGAUCUCAUGGAUCAAUCCUUAAAGUCUGCAGGCACUGCAGAUCAGCUGCAAAGAUGCAUUCACAUUGGACUUCUUUGUGUCGAAAAUCAUCCUGAUGAUAGGCCAACCAUUGAAGAUGUUUUAUCAAUGUUGAAAAAUGAGACCACGAAUAUACCAGAGCCACAGAAUCCAGCAUUUUUCAGAAGAAAAAGGAAUCAUAUGGUUGGAGAUGUAGAAAAGACUACACCAGAGAAGAUACCAUCAGCUAAUGAAGUCUCCAUUUCUGCAUUGGGAGGAAGAUACCCCAUGACGGGAAUUCCAAGAUAUUCAAGCUUCUACACACCGGACGACAACAACACUUACUUAGCAGUGCAGUACACCACUGAUACUUCCUAUCCAGUGUGGAUUGGCAACAGGGAAAGCCCAAUUCCCAAUAAUUCGAAUCCUGUUCUCAGUAUAGACAGCAGCGGGAAGCUGAUUAUAAGGCAUGGAAGAGGAGAACAGAUCGAGAUAUAUUCUGGCGGGUCAAGCAAGAAUGUGUCAGCCACUUUGUUGAAUACAGGGAAUUUAGUUAUGAAAGACAUGGAUUCGAAUGGUGAGAUCUUGUGGCAGAGUUUUGAUUAUCCUACUGAUACACUUGUUCCAGGUACGAAAUUGGGUGUCAACCAUAAGACUCGAAGAAAUUGGACUCUUACUUCAUGGCUGGGACCGAGUAAUCCAGCUCCUGGAGCUUUUACAUUGGAGUGGGAUCCAAGUUCAGGCAGACUGUUAAUCAAACGGCGCCGGAUGCUCUAUUGGACAAGCGGUAGGAUGAAGGACUACAAUUAUCAAACUCCAAUGACUAACAACAUUUGGAGAGUCAAGGAGUUUGAGAAUUUAAAUUUCUGGCCUGGGGCGAUUAACUUCAACUAUAACUUAACCAAUGUCACUAGCCAUGGCGAGGAAUACUUCACCUAUUCACUAAUUCAAGUUCCAGAGCAGCUGGAUGAAGAGACAAACCGGAUCUCAGGUUGGAGGUUGAACUCCGAUGGGGACAUAUUCGAAAUUGAGUCUAAAACCAGAUCUUUCAGUUUAGUACUGGCUAGUGAUUGUUAUGGUUAUAAUAAUCAGGGAAAUGAUAGAGGCUGUGAGCUGUGGGAUCAGCCUAUGUGUAGGAAUAAUCGUCAAACAUUUACCUUAAGAUCAGGGUAUUUUCUUUCACUAAUGUCUACAUAUGAUGACAAUUCAAGCCUUAGUUUGAGUGACUGUAGGGAUAUUUGUUGGAAGGAUUGUGAAUGUGCUGCCUAUGGUGAAGUGAAUGUUGGUUGUCUUUACUGGAAAGGCAAAAGUUUGGAGUUUGAGCAAAGUCUUGAUGGUUCUGCAGAGAAGAAAUAUGUUCUGAGUUCUCCAUCUUCAAAAGGAUUGAAGAAACAUAUAGUGAUUAUUGUCGUUGUAGUAAGUAUUACUGUAGCAUUGCUUUUGCUCGGGAUUGAGAAAAGGAAGGAAGAGUUACAUGAGCUUCUGACACUAGAUGGAUAUACAGAAAAUUAUGAGCUUAAAAAUGGAGCAGCCAACAAUCAUGAUCUUCGACUGUUCACUUAUGCAUCGAUCCAAUCUGCUACCAGAAACUUCUCCUCAAAACAUAAGCUGGGACAGGGUGGUUUUGGACCUGUUUAUAAGAUGCUGCUGUUGUCUUAUGAUCGCUUGGGGACGACGCCAGAAGGCCAAGAGAUAGCAGUGAAGGUUCUUUCGCAACAGUCAGAACAAGGACUGCAAGAGUUUAAAACAGAGCUAAUACUUAUAUCUAAACUGCAGCAUGUGAACCUUGUUAAGCUACAUGGUUUCUGCAUUCAUGGAAGUGAUAAGAUGAUAAUCUAUGACUAUCUACCCAACAGAAGUCUGGACUUCUUUCUCUUCGAUCCAUCUAAGAAGGCGCAGUUAGAUUGGCCACAGCGGUUCAGAAUCAUCGAGGGGAUUGCUCAAGGAUUACUCUACCUUCACAAGUACUCCCGGCUAAAGAUAAUCCACCGUGACCUGAAACCAAGUAAUAUCCUACUUGACAAAGACAUGAAUCCCAAGAUAUCAGAUUUUGGCCUUGCAAGAAUCUUCAAGCAGAAUAUAGAUGAAGCUAACACAGAUAGGCGUGUAGGGACAUAUUUUGGAGUGCUGGUGCUUGAGAUUGUGAGUGGUAGAAAAAACAAUAGCUUUCACCAAAUCGAAGGCCCGCUAAAUCUGACUUGGGAGCUUUGGAAAACAGAUUCUGCAUUAGAUCUCAUGGAUCCGUCUUUAAGGGCUUCGUGUGUUUCAGACCAGCUGCAAAGAUGCAUUCAUGUUGGACUUCUCUGUGUAAAAAAUCAUGCUGAUGAUAGGCCAAACAUUGAAGAUGCUUUAUCAAUGACAAAAAACGACACGUCGAAUUUUCCAGAGCCCCAGAAUCCGGCAUUUAUCACAAGAAAAAGGAAUCCUGUUGUUGAGGAAGUAGAGAAGACUAAACCAGAGAAGACACCUUCAGCUAAUGAAAAAUUUCUUCUUCAGAUCAAUACUAAUGUCCUUGAUUUUGCCUGGGCCUACCCCCUCCUUAGAAAUCCCAUGACAGAACUCCCAAGAGAUUCAAGUCGGAAAUAUUUUCUUUACCUGAUUUGUCUCUGCUGUCUAGCCUCCCAGAGUGCAGAAUCGCAAGACACGCUCAAUCCAGGAGAAACGUUCAAUUUGUCUUCUCAAUUGGUCUCUGCCAAGGGGAAUUUCUCCUUAGGCUUCUACACGCCGGGCGAAAACACCACUUACUUAGCAGUACAGUACACCGCUGAUACUUCCUAUCCAGUGUGGAUUGGCAACAGGGAAAGCCCAAUUCCCAAUAAUUCGAAUCCUAUUCUCAGUAUAGACAGCAGCGGGAAGCUGAUUAUAAGGCAUGGAAGAGGAGAACAGAUCGAGAUAUAUUCUGGCGGGUCAAGCAAGAAUGUGUCAGCCACUUUGUUGAAUACAGGGAAUUUAGUUAUAAAAGACAUGGAUUCGAAUGGUGAGAUUUUGUGGCAGAGUUUUGAUCAUCCUACUGAUACACUUGUUCCAGGUAUGAAAUUGGGUGUCAACCAUAAGACUCGAAGAAAUUGGACUCUUACCUCAUGGCUGGGAGAGAACAAUCCAGCUCCUGGAGCUUUUACAUUGGAGUGGGAUCCAAGUUCAGGCAGGUUGUUAAUCAGACAGCGCGGGAUGCUUUAUUGGACAAGUGGUAUGAUGAAGGACUACAAUGUACAAAGUCCAAUAACUAACAACAGUUGGAGAGUCAAGGAGUUUGCGAAUUUUAACUUCCAGCCUGAAGUGUUUAACUACAACUAUAACUUCACCAAUGUCACUAGCCAUGAUGAGGAAUACUUCACCUAUUCACUAAUUCAAGUUCCAGACUCGCCGGUUGAAGUGAGAAACCGGAUCUCAGGUUGGAGGUUGAACUACGCUGGGGACAUAUCCGAAAUUGAGUCUGGAAGACCAUUCGGUCUUGUAAUGGCUAGUACUUGUUAUGGUUAUAAUAAUCAGGGAAAUGAUAGAGGCUGUGAACUGUGGGAUCAGCCUAUGUGUAGGAAUAAUCGUCAAACAUUUACCUUAAGAUCGGGGGAUUUUAAGCCACCACGUGCUUCGUCUACGUAUGAUGGCAAUUCAAGCCUUAGUUUGAGUGAUUGUAGGGAUAUUUGUUGGAAGGAUUGUGAAUGUGCUGCCUAUGGUGAGGCAACUGUUGGUUGUGUUUACUGGAAAGGCAAAAAUUUGGAGUUUGAGCAAAGUCUUGAUGGUUCUGCAGUGAAUAAAUAUGUUUUGAGUUCUUCAUCUUCAGGGAAAAAAGGAUUGAAGAAACAUAUAGUGAUUAUUGUCGUUGUAGUAAGUACUGUAGCAUUGCUUGUGCUCGGCAUUGGUUUGUUCAUCAUGCAAAAGAACAUAAAAGAGAAGAGGAAGGAAGAAUUACAUGAGCUCUUGACACUAGAUGGAUAUACCGAAAAUUAUGAGCUUGAAAAUGGAGCAGCCAACAAUCAUGAUCUUCGACUGUUCACUUAUGCAUCGAUCCAAGCUACUACCAGAAACUUCUCCACAGAACAGAAACUGGGACAGGGUGGUUUUGGACCUGUUUAUAAGGGGACGACGCCAGAAGGCCAAGAUAUAGCAGUGAAGGUUCUUUCGCAACAGUCAGGACAAGGAUUGCAAGAGUUUAAAACAGAGCUAAUACUUAUUUCUAGACUGCAGCAUGUGAACCUUGUUAAACUACAUGGUUUCUGCAUUCAUGGAAGCGAUAAGAUGAUAAUCUAUGACUAUCUACCCAACAGAAGUCUGGACUUCUUUCUUUUUGAUCCAUCUAAGAAGGAGCAGUUAGAUUGGCCAUUGAGGUUCAGAAUCAUCGAGGGGAUUGCUCAAGGAUUACUCUACCUUCACAAGUACUCCCGGCUAAGGAUAAUCCACCGUGACCUGAAACCAAGUAAUAUCUUACUCGACAAAGACAUGAAUCCUAAGAUCUCAGAUUUUGGUCUUGCAAGGAUCUUCAAGCAGAAUAUAGAUGAAGCUAACACGAAUAGGCGCGUAGGGACAUACGGCUAUAUGGCCCCCGAGUACGCGAUGCAGGGUAUAUUAUCUGUUAAAUCAGAUGUAUAUAGCUUUGGAGUGCUGGUGCUCGAGAUUGUGAGUGGUCGGAAAAACAAUAGCUUUCACCAAAGCGAAGGCCCGCUAAAUCUGGUGGAAUAUGCUUGGGAGCUUUGGAAAACAGAUUCUGCAUUAGAUCUCAUGGAUCCAUCUUUAAGGGCUUCGUGUGUUGCAGACCAGCUGCAAAGAUGCAUUCACAUUGGACUUCUCUGUGUCGAAAAUCAUGCUGAUGAUAGGCCAAACAUUGAAGAUGCUUUAUCAAUGUUAAAAAACGACACCUCGAAUUUUCCAGAUCCUCAGAAUCCGGCAUUUAUCACAAGAAAAAGGAAUCCUGUGGUUGAGGAAGUAGAGAGGACUGCAACAGAGAAGACAUCUUCAGCUAAUGAAGUCACCAUUUCUGAGUUGGGAGGAAGAUAGUUUGAUGAACAGAUGCUUUAUUUAUCUAUCUGUUUUUUUGUUUGUUUUCCAGUAAAGAAAGUAUUACAAUCUUGUAUGUUGUAUUCUAUAAGCAAUUAGUCAUUAGUGAAAACCAAGUUUAGUAAA